UUCCAAACUGGGCUGUCCUGUCCAGGGCUGAGCCCACCGGUAUUAAUAGAUCAGCCUUGUGUUAACUCAGCUGCCAGAGAUACCAGCUCUGAGCGUGUGAGAGUGUGUCUGCCUGUCCUCCUUCAGCCCUGGGAGCUGUCAGGACAAACUCUGUGAAGGACAGAGAAGAAGACAGGGAUUCCUCGCUUACUGUCCCUCGGUGCUGUCGGUUCUGAGCAGACCCCCACAGCCCCCUGGUUCUCAACACUGUCGCGUGGCAAGACCCCUCACCCCUGGCUGACCUCUGACCCUUGCAACUGCUCAGACAGCCAUGGAGCUGUCAUCUCGCUUGGCCCUCUGGGAGCAGAAGAUUCAGGAGGAGAAGAGGAGACCAGUGCCUGCUGAGCCACCCCCACCGCUCUCCGCUGCUCCGGGCGGAUUCAUCCGGCAGCUCGUCCGCGAGACGGAGCAGGAGGCCAAGAGGAAGGAGCCGGAGCCCCUGGCUUGUGCGUCACGGGAGGAGAAGGCGCCCAGCAAGCUCAGCGAAAACCUAGUCCUUCCCUUCCUGCCCCCUCCAGAAGAGAUCCCCCCCCCAGAGCGAGAGAUGAGCAGCUGGUCACCCCUGCUGGUCAAUGGUGUCCACUGUGACGAUGAUGGGCAGCACCAGGCUGCCACAGGCACCAAGAAAUCAGCCAGGAGGAUGAAGUCACCAAAGCCGGGAGGACAAGGGGCGGAGCCUUGGUCUGCCCAGCCCCAGAAGAACCAAUCAGAGGAGCAGGACACUGCCCAUGGUAAACAGGAAGAGGCCAUCGCCGUGGAAGCGAAGGAGGACAGACAGGCAGACAAGGAGCUGAAGGAGAAGGAGGGAGAGGAGGUGCAGAAAGGAGCAGAGAGCGAGAGACAGGAGCCUGAGGGGCAGACAGCCGAGAGCAGCACCACGGAGCAGAGGGAUGUGUGGUACGAGGCCUGCCAGGUGUGGCAUGUGCACAGAGACGGCUUCACUCCAGCGACACAGCUGAAGCCGGAUGUGGGGACCCCAGAGCUGCCCGAGGGGAGAGUGAGGGUCCGUCUGGAGACAGAUGGGUCGGUGCUGGAUGUCCAGGAGGACGAGAUCGAGAAGGCCAACCCCCCCGAGCAGGCCCUGGCGGAGGACCUGAGCACACUGCAGUGUGUGAACGAGUCCAGCGUGCUGCACACGCUGAUCACACGCAGCCUGGCCCAGCAGCACCUCACCCUGGCCGGGCCCAACAUGAUCGCCCUGCGCCCGCCGCCCCCCACUCCAGGCAAGGCGUCAAAGUUGCGGCGGCCAGACCCCGCCCCCUCGCUGUCACGCCUGCUGGCUCAGCGUCUGUAUGGCGCCAUGCUCCGGCAGAGGAAGGACCAGACCCUGGUGAGCCUGGGCCGCAGUGGAGCGGGCAAAACCACUGGCUGCCAGGAUGUGGCAGAGGAGCUGAUACGACACGCUGGUACAGCGGGCAGCAUCGUCACGGUGGAAAAGCUGAAGGCCGUGCUGACGGUGCUCCGGGCAUUUGGCUGUGUGAAAACACGGCACUGCGAUUCCUCCUCCCGCUUCUCCAUGGUGCUGUCACUGGACUUCAACCACGCGGGCCGAGUGUCUGCAGCUCAUGUGCAGACCAUGCUGCUGGAGCACUGGAGAGUGACCCGGAGGCCAGAGGGAGAAGACACCUUCCACGUCUUCAAGCAGCUGCUGGCGGGACUGAGCCCGGAGCUGAGGACUGAGCUACACUUGCACCAGAUGGCUGAAGGCAACCUGUUUGGCAUCACUUCAGUGAAGAAGGUGGAGGAGAAGCAGAAAGCCGCAGUGGCCUUUGGGAAGUUGCAGGCUGCCUUGGGAACGCUGGGAUUAUCAGACAAUGAGCAGCGAGCAAUCUGGCACGUGCUCGCUGGGAUAUACCACUUGGGAGCAGCGGGGGCUUGCAAAGUGGGCAGGCGGCAGUUCCUGCAGUUCGACAGCGCGCAGCACGCGGCCGCCGCGCUGGGCUGUGAGGGGGAGGAGCUGUCCACUGCCGUCUUCAAGCACCACCUGCUGCACCUACUCCAGCAGGCCACCGGGGGCGCCAGAGAGCGGCCAGGCCGGGACCGCGACCGCAGCACCGAUGGUCCCAGGCUCACAGCGGUGCAGUGUGUGGAGGGCAUGGCAGUGGGGCUGUACGAGGAGCUUUUCAGCACCGUGGUCUCUCUCAUCAACAGGUCACUGUCUUCCCAGCAGCUGACGCUGGGCUCAGUCAUGCUGGUAGACACCCCAGGUUUCCAGAACCCGCGGCACGGGGAUGAAGAGAGGGCGGCUGGCUUCGCAGAGCUCUGCCACAACUACGUCCAGGAGCGCCUGCUGGACCUCUGCUACCAGCACACCUUCUCCAGCACGCUGCAGCGGUACCAGCAGGAAGGAGUGAGUGUGCUGUUCGAGCCCCCGGAGACGAGCCCAGCUCAGGUGGUGUGCCUCUUCGACCAGCCCACCCUGCAGGUGCGCUCGGCCAACGGCGCCCCCCAGGGGCUGCUGUGGGUGCUGGACGAGGAGGUCCUGACUCCGGGCUCCAGUGAGGCGGCGGUGCUGGAGAGAGUCUGCUCUUACUUCGGAGACACAGUGCGGCCGUGUGAGCAGCCCCUGCAGUGUGAGGUUGCCCACCAGCUUGGCGGCGACCCGGUCCGGUAUGACCUGAGCGGCUGGUUCAGUCUGGUCCAGGCCAACCCAUCUGCAGCCAAUGCCAGCACCCUGCUGCAGCAUUCCAGCCUGCAAGUGGUGCGCAGCCUUUUCGCCCCCCGGUCUGCUGUCCCCCCUUUCUGCCGGGGACUGGGGGGUGUGGAGGGGGGGUCCCAGCGGUCACUGCAGAGAGCUGGCAUCGUCAGGAAGACCUUCAGCGGGGGGCAGGCAGCCCUGAGAGGACGAUCGGCCUGUGUCACUAUCAAACUGCAGGCAGUGAGUGCGACAGACAUGGGCUAUCCUGACCACAUGUCCCUCUGCGACUUCCGCUGCCGUUUCCAGGCUCUCUCUCCUCAGGUGAUGAAGAGGUACGGCUCUGUCUUCAUCACUCCGGAUGAGAGGAAGGCAGUGGAGGAGUUACUGGUGGACCUGGACCUGGAGAAGAGAAGCAUUGUUAUAGGACUCAGCCAGGUGUUCAUGAAGAGGGGUGUUCUGGCAUCCCUGGAGCAGCAGCGGGAGAAACUGGUCUCUGGUUGGCUGGUUCUCCUGCAGGCAGCCUGUCAGGGUCACUUGGCCAGACAGCGAUACCGGCGCAUGAAAGUUCAGGAGAUGGCUGUGCGCUGCGUCCAGAGGAACAUGCGUGUCCUGUCCGCAGUACGCGACUGGGCCUGGUGGCGGCUUCUGGGCCAAGUUCGCCCCCUGCUGGACGUCAACAUUGACGAUCAGAGAUACAGAGCCAAGGAGGAAGAGCUCUGCGCCCUGAGACGAAGGCUGGAGAAAUCCGACAAGGAGAGGAAUGAUCUGAGACAGAGUGCUGACUCUCUGGAGACCAAGGUCACUGCCCUGACCUCAGAGCUGACCGACGAGCGUUUCCGUGGCGAUGCCCUGUGCCAGGCUCUGGACAGCGAGAGGGCUGAGAGACUGAGGCUGGCCCGAGAGAACAAGGAGCUGCAGGGGCGGCUGCAGCAGGUGCAGGUCUGUCUGGAGGAGGUGGAGAAGAAGUUGGUGGAGGCGAAGCAGGAGGUCAACACACACAAGCUGGAGACAACAGGCAGCCCAGCCAGCGAGAGCGAGUGGCAGCUGCGGUAUGACUGCGCGCAGACGGAGAUCGAGUUCCUGCGCAAGCGGCUGCGGCAGAGCGAGGAGCGCCUGGAGAGCGAGCUGGGGGCGCGGCGGCAGCUGGAGGCGAAGCUGGCUGACCUCCAGACCCAGUGUGAGGAGUCGAAGCGCAGUGCAGCCACCCUGCGACGGAGGUGUCGGCACGUGACCUCUGACCUCCAGGACGCCCGUGUGCUGAUUGACAGCCUGCAGACACGCAGUCACGAGCUGGAGAGAAAACAGAGGAGGUUCGAUGCAGAACUGGCCCAGGCACUGGAGGAGGCAGCUAACGAGAGGACCCUGCAGGAGAGGGGCACUUUGGAGACCACAGCCCUGCAGGGGGAGCUCUUUACCACACAGCACAGCCUCCAGGAGUCACAGGCAGCAGUGAGUCGUUUGGAAAAGGAGAAGAUGGAGCUCAGUGCCCGGAUUGCAGACCUCUCCUCCCCACAAACCCUAUCGCCUGACUCGGCUGCCACUCUGAAGAGACAGCUGAGGGAGCUGGAGACUUGCAACACCGAGCUGGAGCUGGAGAUCAGCCGACACAAGACAACCAUCCAGCAGCAGGAGCAGACGCAGCGGCGUUACGAAAUGGAGAUGGAGAGAAUGAAGCAGAUUCACCAGAAGGAGCUGGAGGACAAAGAGGAGGAGCUGGAUGAUGUGCAGAAGUCAUCACAGAGACGACUCAGGCAGCUGGAGAUGCAGCUGGAGCAGGAGUACGAGCAGAAGCAGUUGGUCGUCCAUGAGAAACAUGACCUGGAGGGGCUGAUUGCCACACUAUGUGAACAGAUUGGGCACCGUGAUUUUGACGUGGAGAAGCGCUUGCGGCGCGACCUCAAGCGCACCCACGCCCUGCUCAGCGACGCUCAGCUGCUGCUGUCCACCCUGGACUCACCUGGGCAGGGAGCAAGCAGACAAGAGCUGGACCGACUGCACUGCCAGCUGGAGGAGAGUGAGGCCAGAUGUGCAGAGGCCCUGAGCCUCCAGAGGACUCUGGCUGCAGAGCUGGAGAACGCACAGCUGGAGCUGGAGAACAUCUGUCGCCACAAGAGCCUGGUGGAAAAUCAGCUGGUCCAGCUACAGCACGAGAAGUCUGACCUGCUGAAGCGACUGGAGGAAGACCAGGAUGACCUAAACGAGCUGAUGAAGAAACACAAGACUCUCAUAGCACAGUCCUCCAGUGACAUCGUUCAGAUCCGGGACCUGCAGGCAGAGCUGGAAGAGGUCAAGAAGGAACGACAGAGCAUGCAGGAAAAGCUGGAGCUCAGCGAGAGCCGGAUUCAGCACCUAGAGAGAUCCAUGGUGGAGCGCAGCAUUGUGAGCCGACAGGAGGCCCUGGUCACCGACCUGGAGAACAAGCUGGAGUUCCAGAGGGGCCAGAUCAAGAGGUUUGAGGCACUGGUGCUGCGGCUGAGGGACAGCGUGGUGAGGCUCGGGGAGGAGCUGGAGCAGGCCGCGGACUCGGAGGCGAGGGAGAAGGAGAGCUCGCGCUAUUACCAGCAGAGACUCGCUGAGAUGCGCGUGGAGCUGGAGGAGCUGGCGCAGAGAGAGCUGGAGAGCAGCCGUCGCCGGAUCGAGCUGGAGAUGCAGGUGGAGGAGCUGACUGCAGUCAGGCAGACAUUACAAGCUGAUCUGGAGACAUCGAUCAGGCGCAUCGCAGAUCUGCAGACAGCCCUGGAGGAGGAGUCCAGUGAUGAGAGUGAUUCUGAGAGUGUGCACACCACGGUGGACUCCACUGGGAGGAAGAGAGAUGUGUAAGACUCUGCAUGGCGCUGUGGGGUGUGUGUGUCUUUCCUGAGCCGGCAGGGACAGCUGCAGCAGGGGCUGUGAUGUGCUGCUUGCACAAGCACCUGCUGGAGAGGAUCAGCCACAAGAACUCCCUCCGGCUCCAUCCCAGGGCCAGAUACCGGUCAAGGGCUCCCUACUCUUUGCCUGCAGUGAAAAGGGAAACCUUUUUCUGAGAGUGAGGAGGCUAAUUGGCACAGAAUCUGCUACAAGACAAGCAGAUCUGCAAAUACAACACCAGCCCCCAGGGGGAUCCCUCACAGUAUUCCACUGCAGCUGUGAGUUACAGCUGAUACGUUUGUCUUUAUGGCUUUUGCAGGCAUCAAUAUAAGCUAUAUAAGGUCAGGCUGUUUGCUGCAGCAAACCUGCCUGUGACAAAGAACCCCAGGUAGCUUGCGUAGCAAAGGGCUGAGAGCAGGGAGAGCUGUUCAUGCCCUGUAGUUGUGACCGGGGCACUGGCCUGCUGUAACUGUCCCAGCCGGGCUCCGCAAUGUGCAGCGAGCUCUGGAGAUAAAGCAUUGAUUAUAGUGGAAAUGCAGUGGAAUUACAGUGAAUACAGUGGAAUUACAAUAUGGAUCCCGGGAGUUUACAGUGUGAACACAGUAGAGUCACAGUGUGAAUGUUGUGGUGCUGCAGUGAAGAUUCACAAAGAAUGCAGUUAUGUGAUUUUGCUGCUCUAUUAUUAAAACUUACUGUAGGGAAGCGAAUGCGUUUUCACAGUUUCUAUAUGGUUGCACUCACUCUCCCACAUUUUUUUAUGCCUUACCACUGGUUUACUUUACUCUGCUUUACCCACUUACAGUAGAACACUAUCCGCUUUCACGAAGGCAUGCAAUGACUGUAUUAUCAGUGCUUUCAGGGUUGUGCAAUACAGUGACUCUCUCCUGCAUUGCUGUGUGCAGUGCAGUGACGUCUUUGCUGAAGUUUUGUGUUCAGUGCAGUGAUUGUGUGCCACAUUAUCAUCAAUGUGUUCCAGUGCAGUGCACCGACUGUGCUG